UAUUUCCAAGAUUUUGGAUCAUCUUUACUAUCAUUAUUCUGAAUUCUUUUUCAGGUAGACUGCCUAUUUUCUCUUCAUUUAUUAGGUCUGGUGGGUUUUUACCUUGCUCCUUCAUCUGCUGUGUGUUUUUCUGUCUUCUCAUUUUGCUUAACUUACUGUGUUUGGGGUCUCCUUUUCUUGGGCUGCAGGUUCGUAGUUCCUGUUGUUUUUGGUGUCUGUCCCCAGUCACUAAGGUUGGUUCAGUGGGUUGUGUAGGCUUCCUGGUGGAGGAGACUAGUGCCUGUGUUUUAGUGGAUGAGGCUGGAUCUUGUCUUUCUGGUGGGCAGGUCCACCUCUGGUGGUGUGUUUUGGGGUGUCUGUGGCCUUAUUUUGAUUUUAGGCAGCCUCUCUGCUAAUGAAUUGGGUUGUGUUCCUGUCUUGCUGGUUGUUUGGCAUAGGGUGUCCAGCACUGUAGUUUGUUGGUCGUUGAGUGAAGCUGGGUCUUGGCUUUGAGAUGGAGAUCUGUGGGAGAUUUUUGCCGUUUGAUAUUACGUGGAGCUUUGAGGUGUCUUGUGGGCCAGUGUCCUGAAGUUGGCUCUCCCACCUCAGAGGCACAGCACUGACUCCUAGCUGGAGCACCAAGAGCCUUUCAUUCACAUGGCUUUUGCGCCGCCCUAGUCUAGAAGCUUAUAUAUAACUUUUAUAAACAAUAAUUUAUAAAAUAUGGUCCAGUCAAGAUAAUAAAACAUCCUUUUUCUCAGUAUUGUGUCUUUGAUCCAUUUCUGCUAAAUAAUUUCACUUUAAUCUCACUGAAUUGUAAAUAGUUCUGUGUACAAAGGUUCGGUUUUUUUUAGUCAUCAGUUUAAUAAACUGUAUUAUAAAUACAUAUAAGUCUAAUUUUAGGAAAUUAUAAGUUAAAAAGAAAUUAAAAAUGCAAAGCAAAAAUAUGUUGUUUAAGAAUUCAUAUAUUUAGGGACAUCCCUGGCUGUCCAGUGGUUAAGACUCUUUGCUCCCAAUGCAGGGGGCAAGGGUUCAGUCCCUGGUUGGGGAGCUAAUAUCCUGCAUGCUGCAUAGCACAGCCCCAAAAAAAACAACAUAUAUUUGUAGUAAAAACAUUAUAAUAUGCACAAUGAUGAUAAAAAUCAAAAUCUGGAGAGUGGGAGAAGGGUACAGUCAGAGUGGGAUACACAGGAGAUUUCAACUCUUUUGAUAAGGUUUGUUUUUAUAUAUAUAAAUUUAUUUAUUUUAUUUUUGGUUGUUUUGGGUCUUCAUGGCUGCACGCGGGCCUUCUCUAGUUGGCGUUGAGCAGGGGCUACUCUUCGUUGCGGUGCACUGGUUUCUCCCUGGGGUGGCUUCUCUUGUUGCAGAGCACAGGCUCUAGGUGCGCGGGCUUCAGUGGUUGUGGCACGUGGGCUCAGUAGUUGUGUCACGCGGGCUCUAGAGCACAGGCUCAGCAGUUGUGGCGCACAGGCUUAGUUGCUCCGCAACAUGUGGGAUCUUCCCUGGACCAGGGCUUGAACCCGUGUCCCCUACAUUGACAGGUGGAUUCUUAACCACUGCACCACAAGGGAAGUCCCAAUAAGGUUUCUUUUUUAAGCUGUGUGUUCAUUCUGUUAUUUUUUAUGCUUUCUUGGAUAUCUUAAAUAUUUCAUCAUGUUUUUCUCAAGGCUGAUAAUAUCACCCAUUUCCCUUUUAAUCCUUAGGAGCUAUUGUAGGCCUCGAAUUACUUGAUUGACAAGGUGAACAAAGUUCUCUGGGGCAUCUGUACUGCUCUUAGUUUGGGUGUGGUUUCAAAGAAAAUAAUGCAAAUACUGGUCUGUAAAUCUGAGCUUCUGUGUCAGUUUGAUUCCAUCAAGAAGCAGAUGCCUAUGGAAGACAUGUUGCGAGAGAUUCAUUGGAGGGAAGUGUCUUUGAAGCAUAAAGAGGAGGCGCGGGAGGAGGCAGGCGGAGCCUUCCAUCUGUACUGUAGGCUUGACUCCUGGGACAGGAGAGCAGGAAGGAAGGAGCACCGGCUAGGAGGAGCCUCAGACUGCAGUGCAGGUCUGAAAAGGCUUGGGUGUCCUUGAGCGCACGCUGCUUGUCAGAAGAGUCCCAUGUUGUGCAAGAGUGGGCCAGCGCUGGUACCCUCUCUGCGCUCAGUCAGUGGCAGGGAGCAGCCCUGGGGAAGCCUGGCCUUGCAGCGAAUGCGGUGGUGAAUCCAGAGCGGUGGUGGCCAGGACCCCUCAGCGGGGACUCAGUCAGCUAUGCUUCCUGCAGCCAAUUCUCUUGAAGGAAUUCUGAACGGAGCAUUCCUAUAGCUGCACCCCUUGCACCCCACAGACCCACUUCUUGCAGGAUUGGGGAGCAACUCCGUGAUUUCUAAGUACUUUGCUUAAGGAGGAGUUGAGUUGGAUCAUCAGUAUCUCCUGUCACUGAAGGGCCACAUCUAGUAUUCAUCCUGUCUUCCAUCAUCCAUUUUAAAUGUUCCUCAUCCACAGCUAUCACCUUAGCAGGUUUUGGUGGCUUACCUAAUGGUGUGACCUAAACCUUCAUUCCUGAGGGGUUCCAACCUUUGCUAAUCACACCCUUAUCAGGCUGGGGUUGUUACAGAUAUCCAUUUACAACUGCAGUGGAGCGAGGGAAUACCAGUAGGCACCAAAUGGGUCACCUGUGUUCUGCACAUAGUUCUCCCAUCCCCCCGACUCCCGCUGAGCAACAUCAGUGACCCCUGCCAGAAGGGUGACUGCUCUUCUAGCUUGCUGGUCCCUGGACAUAAGAAGUCCAAAGUACCUUGGUGACAGUAAUGGCAUGUAGUUCAGUAGGACUUUUGCUGUGUACCCUAGUAAGAGUGUACCCCCUUUGGUGACCAAUUCUUGCAACCCUGAAGAGCCCAGAGUUUUAGGAAUGGUAAGCAGAGUCCUCCAGUGGGUCACUGGAAGUGAUGGUAAUUGGAGCCAUCACUUGUAUCCGAGAGAUUUGAUGCAUAUACUGCAUCCUGAAGCAUGGUACCCCAUCCUUUCAGCAUGUUGCCUCUGAGCUGGUGCUUACGUUGUGUCUUCAGUAGGCCACUCCAGUGAUCUGUGAGACUGCAGAUUGUGUUUAUGUGAUAUGAUCAGUGGGUUCUGUGGUUGGGCCCACUCUCACUCCUUUGCUGAAAUAGAUCUCCUGGAUAAAAACUGUUAUGGGGUGGGAUUCAUGCCUGUGAAUUAGGCUUUCUAUUAACACCCAAAUAGUGGUGCUGGCUGAGACUUUGUAGCUCUGGUAUCUGGCGAUAUCAGAAUAGGUAUCCCUGUGAAGUUGAAUUGCUGGCCUUUCUAGAACCAAAGGAUCCAGUGUAGUCUAGAUGACACUAAGUGGUCUGUUGUUCUCCUAAAGGUGUAGCACCAUAUUGGCAUAGCAUUAGUCUCUGUUGCCGACAGAUCGGACAGUCAGAAACACAAUAGCUAGAUCAGCUUUGGUAAGUGGGAGUUCAUCUGUUGGGCUCAAUCAUAGCCUCUAUCUUUGCCACAAGCAAUUCUAUCCAUGUGCCCAUUUUGCCUCUUCUAGGGUGGCCAGUGUCAAAUGAUGGGAUCAUUUUAUCUACUUGGUUGUUGAUGAAAGUGCCUCUUCUAUGGUGGAUGCCCAUACCCUCACCAGAGGGCCAGCCACUGACCACUGCCCAGGAAUCUCACCUAAGGCCACUUCUACAUAAAACUAUGAGCAGGGCAAGGAUUCAAUGUGGUGUUUACUCCAACUACAUCAUUCCCAUUUAUGCAUUUGGGAACUGAGGAAACGACAACUGGGUGAGAUUGUUCCAUCUGUAGUGAUCAUUAUAAGCUUUUUUCAAUUCGGUAUAGUCUAACUAAAUAAUUGACAUUGGUCCUCUGAAGCCAAAGUGUCCUGCCAUCUGGGGAUGCUGGAAUGGCCCUGUUCAGACACCAUGUACUCUCCAUUACGCAUAUAUUGAUACAGUCAGUGGAUAUUCAUGGAGAAGAACCUGCAGCGAUUCUCUUAGCAGGUGUUUUGGAAAUGGAUGAAGAAUUGAAGGCAGGAUAUUCUCCUGAAAAUCAAAGCUGAUCAUGUCAGUUCUCUGGCUACAGAAACCACCACUGCCUGCCGAAUGCCUAUAGGACAAGUUCAAAUUCUUCAGCAGAGCAUAUAAGGAACUGAAGAAAGGGCUUACAUUUUGGAGUUAGUUUGUGGCCUGUCAAGAAGACCUUGAGAACUCAGUGAAGGAUGAAGAUGAAGAUGGCUAGUUACUUCUAAAGGGUGGUUAGACUCCACCAAAUAUGUCGGCUCCUGUCGGGCCGCGGGGCCGCCCGGCUCCCACCCCGGCGGCCUCUCAGCCGCCUCUGCAGCCCGAGAUGCCCGACCUCAGCCACCUCACGGAGGAGGAGAGGAAAAUCAUCCUGGCGGUCAUGGAUAGGCAGAAGAAAGAAGAGGAGAAGGAGCAGUCGGUGCUCAAGGUCAAAGAAGAGCACAAACCACAACUGACACAGUGGUUUCCCUUUAGUGGGAUCACUGAACUGGUAAAUAACGUUCUCCAGCCCCAGCAAAAACAACAAAAUGAAAAGGAGCCCCAGACAAAACUUCAUCAGCAGUUUGAAAUGUAUAAGGAGCAGGUAAAGAAGAUGGGAGAAGAAUCACAGCAGCAGCAAGAACAGAAAGGUGAUGCUCCAACCUGUGGUAUCUGCCACAAAACAAAGUUUGCUGAUGGAUGUGGCCAUAACUGUUCAUAUUGCCAAACAAAGUUCUGUGCUCGUUGUGGAGGUCGAGUGUCAUUACGCUCAAACAAGGUUAUGUGGGUAUGUAAUUUGUGCCGAAAACAACAAGAAAUCCUCACUAAAUCAGGAGCAUGGUUUUAUAAUAGUGGAUCUAAUACACCACAGCAACCUGAUCAAAAGGUUCUCCGAGGACUGCGGAAUGAGGAGGCACCUCAGGAGAAGAAAGCAAAACUGCAUGAGCAGGCCCCGUUCCAAGGACCCUCAGGUGACUUAUCUGUACCUGCAGUGGAGAAAAGUCGAUCUCAUGGGCUCACAAGACAGGAUUCUAUUAAAAAUGGGUCAGGAUUGAAGCACCAAAUUGCCAGUGACGUAGCUUCAGACAGGAAACGAAGUCCAUCAGUGUCCAGAGAUCAGAAUAGAAGAUACGACCAAAGGGAAGAAAGAGAAGAAUAUUCACAGUAUGCUACUUCGGACAGCGCGAUGCCUAGAUCUCCAUCAGAUUAUGCUGAUAGGAGGUCUCAACGUGAACCUCAGUUUUAUGAAGAGUCUGAUCAUAUAAAUUAUAGGGACUCCAACAGGAGAAGUCAUAGACAUUCCAAAGAAUAUAUUGUAGAUGAUGAGGAUGCAGAGAGCAGAGAUGAAUAUGAAAGACAAAGGAGAGAGGAGGAAUACCAGGCACGCUAUCGAAGUGAUCCGAAUUUGGCCCGUUAUCCAGUAAAGCCACAGCCCUAUGAAGAACAAAUGCGUAUCCAUGCUGAAGUGUCACGAGCCAGGCAUGAGAGAAGGCACAGUGAUGUUUCUUUAGCAAAUGCUGAACUGGAAGACUCCAGGAUUUCUAUGCUAAGGAUGGAACGACCAUCAAGGCAAAGAUCUGUAUCUGAACGUAGAGCUGCCAUGGAAAAUCAGCGAUCUUAUUCAAUGGAAAGAACUCGAGAGGCUCAGGGACCAAGUUCUUAUCCACAAAGGACCACAAACCAUAGUCCUCCUACCCCCCGGAGGAGUCCAAUACCCAUUGAUAGACCAGACAUGAGACGUACUGACUCGCUAAGGAAACAACAGCACUUAGAUCCUAGCUCUGCUGUAAGGAAAACAAAACGUGAAAAAAUGGAAACAAUGUUAAGGAACGAUUCUCUCAGUUCUGACCAGUCAGAGUCAGUGAGACCUCCACCACCAAAGCCUCAUAAAUCAAAGAAAGGAGGUAAAAUGCGCCAGGUUUCAUUGAGCAGUUCAGAGGAGGAAUUAGCUUCUACACCGGAAUAUACAAGUUGCGAUGAUGUUGAGAUUGAAAGUGAAAGUGUAAGUGAAAAAGGGGACAGUCAAAAGGGAAAAAGAAAAACUAGUGAGCAGGCAGUUUUGUCGGACUCUAACACCAGGUCUGAGAGAGAAAAGAAAAUGAUGUACUUUGGUGGCCACUCUUUGGAAGAGGAUUUGGAAUGGUCUGAGCCUCAGAUUAAGGACUCUGGGGUAGAUACGUGUAGUAGCACAACCCUUAACGAGGAGCAUAGCCAUAGUGAUAAGCACCCUGUGACGUGGCAGCCAUCUAAAGACGGAGAUCGUUUAAUUGGUCGCAUUUUAUUAAAUAAGCGUUUAAAAGAUGGAAGUGUACCUCGAGAUUCAGGAACAAUGCUUGGCUUGAAGGUUGUAGGAGGAAAGAUGACUGAAUCAGGUCGGCUCUGUGCAUUUAUUACCAAAGUUAAAAAAGGAAGUUUAGCUGAUACUGUAGGACAUCUUAGACCAGGUGAUGAAGUAUUAGAAUGGAAUGGAAGACUAUUGCAAGGAGCCACAUUUGAAGAAGUAUAUAACAUCAUCCUGGAAUCCAAACCUGAGCCACAAGUGGAGCUUGUUGUUUCAAGGCCUAUUGGAGAUAUACCUAGAAUACCUGAUAGCACACACGCACAACUGGAGUCCAGUUCUAGCUCAUUUGAAUCUCAAAAAAUGGAUCGUCCUUCUAUUUCCGUUACGUCUCCCAUGAGUCCUGGCAUGUUGAGGGAUGUUCCACAGUUCUUAUCUGGACAACUUUCAAGCCAAAGCCUUAGUAGAAGAACAACGCCUUUUGUUCCUAGGGUUCAGAUAAAACUAUGGUUUGACAAGGUUGGUCACCAAUUAAUAGUUACAAUUUUGGGAGCAAAGGAUCUCCUUUCCAGGGAAGAUGGAAGGCCAAGGAAUCCUUAUGUUAAAAUUUACUUUCUUCCAGACAGAAGUGAUAAAAACAAAAGAAGAACUAAAACAGUAAAGAAAACAUUGGAACCCAAAUGGAACCAAACAUUCAUUUAUUCUCCAGUCCACCGAAGAGAAUUUCGGGAACGAAUGCUGGAGAUUACCCUUUGGGAUCAAGCUCGAGUUCGAGAAGAAGAAAGUGAAUUCUUAGGAGAGAUUUUAAUUGAAUUAGAAACAGCCUUAUUAGAUGAUGAACCACAUUGGUACAAACUUCAGACCCACGAUGUUUCUUCAUUGCCACUUCCCCACCCUUCUCCAUAUAUGCCACGACGACAACUACAUGGAGAGAGCCCAACACGGAGGUUGCAAAGGUCUAAGAGAAUAAGUGAUAGUGAAGUCUCUGACUAUGACUGCGAUGAUGGAAUUGGUGUAGUAUCAGAUUAUCGACACAAUGGUCGAGAUCUUCAAAGCUCAACAUUGUCAGUGCCAGAACAAGUAAUGUCAUCAAACUAUUGUUCACCAUCAGGGUCUCCUCACCGAGUGGAUGUUAUAGGAAGGACUAGAUCUUGGUCACCCAGUGUCCCUCCUCCACAGAGUCGGAAUGUGGAACAGGGACUUCGAGGGACACGCUCUACUAUGGGACAUUAUAAUACAAUUAGCCGAAUGGAUAGACAUCGUGUCAUGGAUGACCAUUAUUCUCCAGAUAGAGACAGUCAUUUUCUUACUCUACCUCGCUCCAGAUACAGUCAGACCAUUGAACAUCAUCACAGGGAUGGCAGGGAUUGUGAAGCAGCAGAUAGACAGCCAUAUCACAGAUCCAGAUCAACAGAACAACGGCCUCUCCUAGAGCGGACAGCCACCCGCUCCCGAUCCACUGAACGUCCUGAUACAAACCUCAUGAGGUCGAUGCCUUCAUUAAUGACUGGAAGAUCUGCCCCUCCUUCACCUGCCUUAUCGAGGUCUCACCCUCGUACUGGGUCUGUCCAAACAAGCCCAUCCAGUACUCCAGUGGCAGGACGAAGGGGCCGUCAACUCCCACAACUUCCACCAAAGGGAACAUUGGAGAGAAAAGAAGUGGACUCCACAAGGAGAAGACGUGCAGGUGCUAUGGAUAUAGAGGAGAGAAAUCGCCAAAUGAAAAUUAACAAAUACAAACAGGUAGCCGGAUCAGAUCCCAGACUGGAACAAGAUUACCAAUCAAAGUAUCGAUCAGGAUGGGAUCCUCAUAGAGGGGCAGAUAAUAUUUCCACUAAAUCUUCGGACAGUGAUGUAAGUGAUAUAUCUGCGGUUUCAAGGACUAGUAGUGCUUCUCGUUUCAGCAGCACAAGCUACAUGUCUGUCCAAUCAGAACGGCCAAGAGGAAAUAAGAAAAUCAGUGUCUUUACAUCCAAAAUGCAAAGCAGACAAAUGGGCAUCUCAGGGAAGAACAUGACUAAAAGCACCAGCAUCAGCGGAGACAUGUGCUCGCUGGAGAAGAAUGAUGGCAGCCAGUCUGACACUGCAGUGGGCGCCUUGGGCACCAGCAACAAAAAGCGGCGCUCUAGCAUUGGGGCCAAAAUGGUAGCUAUUGUUGGUCUCUCCCGGAAAAGCCGCAGUGCUUCUCAGCUCAGCCAAACGGAAGCCAGUGGUAAAAAGCUACGGAGCACCGUGCAGAGAAGUACAGAAACAGGCUUGGCUGUGGAAAUGAGGAACUGGAUGACUCGACAGGCAAGCCGAGAAUCUACGGAUGGCAGCAUGAACAGCUAUAGCUCAGAAGGAAAUCUGAUUUUCCCUGGUGUCCGCUUGGCCUCUGAUAGCCAAUUCAGUGAUUUUCUGGAUGGCCUUGGCCCUGCCCAGCUAGUGGGGCGGCAGACUCUGGCCACACCUGCCAUGGGUGACAUUCAGGUAGGCAUGAUGGACAAAAAGGGACAGCUGGAGGUGGAAAUCAUUCGGGCCCGUGGCCUUGUUGUAAAACCAGGUUCCAAGACACUGCCAGCACCAUAUGUAAAGGUGUAUCUAUUAGAUAAUGGAGUCUGCAUAGCCAAAAGGAAAACAAAAGUGGCAAGAAAGACGCUGGAACCCCUCUACCAGCAACUAUUAUCUUUUGAAGAAAGUCCCCAAGGAAAGGUUUUACAGAUCAUAGUCUGGGGAGACUAUGGCCGCAUGGAUCACAAAUCCUUUAUGGGAGUGGCCCAGAUACUUUUAGAUGAACUGGAGCUAUCCAAUAUGGUGAUUGGCUGGUUCAAACUUUUCCCCACUUCCUCCCUAGUAGAUCCAACCUUGGCCCCUCUGACAAGAAGAGCUUCCCAAUCAUCUCUGGAAAGUUCAACUGGACCUUCUUACUCUCGUUCAUAGCAGCUGUAAAACUGUUGUCAUAGCAACCAGCGUUACAAAAAAAGAAAAAAACCCCACAGGUCGCAAACCCUGGUAACACUGCAUGCUUAAUGUUGUGUCUUCUGAGCCUGUUUCUAGGGAUACAAAGCGAUCCUGUGUUCUCAGAGGAAGUUGCACACAUUGUGCCCUAAAGAAGGCCCUCAGGUGAAAGAGCGGAGCUAUGACGAACUAUCAGGUUUGGAGUUCAAUAACACUCACGUUUUGGUCCAAUCUGAAGCCAUGGAUUAAUCUCAAAGAAUCAGUUUCAUGCAACAAAAGCCCUUUUCAAUGGCACCUUUAUAUUUUUAUCAUUCCUUUUUCUUCAUUUCUCUGACCCCAAAGUCCUGUGAUGCCACAGAAAUGGAGCUAUCCAGCCAUUAAGCCAUGUUACAAGUCAAGGCAUGAAGUCCUAGGAAGCAUCAGGUGAAAAGCAAGAGACCAAAGAUUUGGUCCAGGACGAAAACGUCAGUGAUCCUCUGGACGGGGACCGGAGCAGCCAGUCGUGUGACAGCGUGAACAGUGGCAGACUUCAGAGCUCCAGCAGGCAUGGUACCCACUAAUGCCAAGAUGAGUUGGACUCUGAAAAACAAAAUUCUGUGGCUCCACUGUACUGAAUGAAAUUAAACUUUUGUUUGCAUGGACACAGAUUAGCUGAAUACUUAAAUUAUUUUCUUGGGGCUGCAACUUGCAAAAAAUAAAAAUAAAAAUCAGCCAUUUUCAACAAUUUAUAUUAUUUUUAAAAAUAAAUUUCACUAGUGCAUGGUUUUAAAAAAGGGAGAGAAUGCAACAGGGUGAUACAAAGACACACCAUGUUUAUUCUUUAAAGUAAUCAUAGUCUGUGUUUUGGCAGACAUUACAGAAGAAAAUACUUUCUAGAAAAUACUUAAAAUUCUCUUCAUGUGACAAAUAAGUAUAACAUAUUCAAUUUAUUUCCAUGUUAAAUAUACAAAUAUUAAAGUUCAAUAUGUGCAAAUUGUUCACAUCUUUCUUCCUCUAUCUCACUUUUCUUCUUCUCUCUCUUUUAAGCUUUUAUUUUCUUUCUCCCUACCAGAGUGAACAUUAUGCUAAAAAAUCACAAGUUUUUGACCUGAUACUCUCUUAUACCCCAUGUUUGAUUCAGAGCUGUAGAUGCUUCUGAAUCUCUGAAUUUCUCAAGGCGGGGAAAAAACUAAGAGCUUUCUUUAUUUCAAGCAUGUUGAAAAGGAUUUUGCAACAUGACUUGGGAGUACAUUAGAGCAAGUCAGCAUGUAUUUGAUAAAGAAGAUAUUUGAACUUUUGCAAUUUAUUGUACAGUGCAUGGUAAUUUUAUUUUCAUCUUCAAAGUUCAGUUUACAGGAAAAUCCUAAAAUCAUGUGGCCAUUGUAAUGUCUAAUUUGUUUUUAGCACCAGCAUUAUUCAUACAGGGGUUAAAGUAUUAUUUUUAGAAGGUCUUCGGUUUUGUGUUUUGUUUUCUAAUUAAUUAAAGCAUGAAGCAAUUCCUUUAGCCAAUUUCCAUUUACUAUGUGAAUAGAAACGCUAACAGUUUGGAGCCCUGAAACACAAGACUGUGUAUUAAUUCAUUUAUCCGUAGUAAAAUUCAAUUUUUCACAAAUUAUAUUUCUAAAGAAAUAUAGCAAACAUAAAUUUGCAACAGAUAAUUUUAAAGCUCCAAUUUUUAGGUGACUCAAAGAAAGUCAGUCUGCCUAUUUACAGUUCUUUGAUGCCAUCACCAAAAGUCUACACCCGAAUCCCCAAAAUCAAACCCCUGCCUUUGGUUUUACAGACAGUUAUUACCAUUGGGUGGUGCUGCAAGGUCAAAUUUCUCUUAAGUUCCCCGACUUAGGAGAAAAGUCACCGAGUAAUGUAAUAAACCACCCAUAUUUCUUUGUUUCUUUCUGUGCACUUUGAUAACACAUUCUUAUAGAUGGAUUUUAACUUCUUGCCACAACUUUUGAAAUCCACGUACAUACCAUUUGUUUAAGGCCACGCACAAAAAUUGCUCUCUUGUGUUCCUUUUUAAGUUCAGUGUUGACCAUUCAAAACUAUCAUGCUUGAUACGGUGCAAAAGUUAAAAAUGAGUAUCACUAAAAAUGCCUUCUCUUUAUGUGGUGCAAUACGAAAUACACCGGGACUGUGUCUUGACAUUCUGAGACCUACGAUGGACCCAGGUAAAGUUGAAAAGAAUGAAUAAAACUCUACGGAAAUAAUUUAGACACUUGUGUACCAGCAACAAUUGACUUACUAGACCUAUAGUGUCUAUACUCUCCCUUAGAAUAAACGUUUACCAUUUUCCUGAUACUAAGACGCAGUCACAUAAUCUUUUGUGCAUAUUCCUAUAUAAAUUAUUUCUAAUUUUAAUAAGAAGGACAUGACUGUAUGGAAUAUUUGUACAUACCUGUCAUUAUGCAGUAUUUAUUUUAACGUUGGUGUAUUUUUUUUUUUAAUUUUCACAUGUCUGCACCUCGACUUGUGGUUUAGUCAUGUAAAUAGCACUAUUCCAGUGACCACUGCUGCCCUGUACAUAGUAUGUUUUAAAAGUAAAGGGAAUUCCAGCUGGAAAAAAAAAAGGGCAGAUUAGUCCUGUAAUGAACACCAACUAAUGUAAAACUCAAAUUCAUUCUCGUGAUGGUAUUUAACACUUUAAAUAAAACAUUUUCUUUGCAGAUGUUG